AUGUUGAGAGUAUGCAAAGCAUCUGCUGUCGUUGGAUCUUUCUUGAUCAUUGGUGCUACUGUAGCUACUAGUGCUAGUGCGUAUGCUCUCGUGCAGUACGUUGACAGUACCUGGAACGGAAGCUAUGCCGGACGGAUGGGAGCAAUUCUGGCGGUACAGUGCGCUGCUGCCGGUACCAUGACUGUUCAUGCUUUGCUUGCAUUUGCCGUUGCUGGUGAUAUGCAAGAGCAUUCGGAGGGAUCAAUCAGGCUGGAGGAGUAA